AGAGAGAGAGAGAACCGUCUAUUUCUGCAAAAGAGAGUUGAACAACAACUUGAAGUGCAAGUUGACACACUUUGGUGUAAAACCAACGUUAAUUCGAACAACAAAAACGUGGGUCCAUCUGGGUUUUCUCUGAAACUGCUGUUUUUGGAUGCAAAAUGUGUUUUUUUUUUGUUUUUCAUUCCUUCAUGAAGCUUCUCUGAAUCUUUUCAAGUGAGAGCAAAUGGGGCAAUCGCUUUUUAUUUAAUUUGUAAUUUGGGAGGAAAAGGUCCUAUAGUUCUUGAGAUUUUCCAAGAUUGCAGAUGCUGCUUCAAAUUUCUAUAUAGUGACUAAAACUGCUCAAUUACAUAAAGUCUGGAAUUUGUUUUUGACAAAAACUUUUAAUGAAUUCGUCUUUUAUGAAGAAAAAUAUGAAGUGAGUGGAACAAUCGAGAUCCCAAAAAAGCUUCAAUACAAUAGCAUGGAUCCUAGAAAUGAAUACCAGCCUGGAUCACAGUCAAUUGUGCACGACUAUCUGGAUGGCCUUCAUACUAGUAGAAGACCAACUGAACCCAAUACAUCAGAAGUUAAACCUGUACUUCAUUACUCCAUGCAGACGGGUGAGGAAUUUUCUCUUGAAUUUAUGAGAGAUAAGGUGAAUCUCGGGAAGCCUGUUUAUUCCAAUGUCGGUGAUUCCAAUUAUACAACAGGCUAUAUGGAACUGAAAGGCAUUUUAGGCAUCAGUCAUGCAGGAUCUGAGAGUGGAUCAGACAUUUCUAUGCUAUCAAAAUAUCCAAAAGAGUUUGACAGAAGCAAUUAUGGUUCAAUUCGUUCAAUACCAAGAACUUCACUGGAUCCGGACAAUAGACAGUUUGUGCAUAGUUAUGGCUCUUCUGGAGGCUAUGGUUACUCAACAAUGAUGAUGAAAUUUCUUUGCAGCUUUGGUGGUAGAAUACUGCCACGGCCAAGUGAUGGAAUGCUGAGGUAUGUUGGAGGCCAAACACGUAUUCUUCGUUUAAGAAAAGACAUAUCUUGGCAGGAGCUCAUGCAGAAAGCUUUCCUCAUCUAUAAUCAAGUUCACGCAAUCAAAUAUCAGCUCCCAGGGGAAGAACUUGAUGCUUUGGUAUCUGUUUCAUGUGAUGAGGAUUUGCAGAAUAUGAUGGAGGAAUGUAAUCAUCUACUAGAUAGAGAAGGAUCGCAAAAGCUUAGGAUGUUUUUGUUUUCAAUAAGUGAUUUGGAGGAUGCUCAAUUUGGUCUCAGCAGCAUGGGUAAUGAUUCUGAGAUCCAGUAUGUUGUUGCUGUUAAUGGCAUGGACUUGGAAUCAACAAAUAACUCAAAUGUGAUUGGUGUUGGCUUUUCAGCAAGUGAUGUAAAUGAAUUGGACUGGCAAAAUACUGACAGGGAGGCUAACAGAGUUGCUGUAGAAUCCACAAGUGCCGUCAAUGCUCCCGUGCCAAGCAAUUUCAACUCAUCAAUGGCCACUCAGUUUCCGCAACCACAGCUACCACCUUCCUCAAAUUCAUUUGAAACUUAUCCACUGUUUUACGGUGAUCCAAUGAUGCACCAUGGGGAACCUGGUGGUCAAUAUCUUAUUCAUCAUGGUCUUAAUCCUUAUCAUAGACCUGUUAUUGGAGACACUCCUAUUAUAAUGCCUCCUCAUAUGCUGAUUAAUCAACGAGGGGUUUUGAAUGAGGGCCAUCCACCUAGUGGAUUACAAGGACAAAAUUCAGAAAUACCAGCAACAUUGGUGAGAAAGAUGGAUGAUAGUUCAACUCAACAAGGAAGUGACCCUGGGAAGGUUUUACCCUCAGAAACUCAAUCAGCUCCUGCACAACUGUUUGAUGGUUACUUAAAAAAUAAUUGUCCUGAAGCAUCAGUUGUUCCGGAAGGGUAUUCAAUACCUCCAACAAAAAUGGACCCGCUCCGAGAUUAUGAAGAGGUUUCUUCUACAUCUAGCAGCACAUUUGGUCCUGGUUAUGUUGAUCCCCCCUCUAAUAAAGUUGACUGGAGUUGUCUUCACCCUCCUCCUGUUCCUAGAAGAGUUUACUAUUCAGAAAGAAUUCCUAGGGAGCAAGUAGAAUUGCUGAAUCGGUCCUCAAAGUCGGAUGAUGCACACAAUUCUCAGUUUCAUGUUUCAGAUUUACUUUCUGAUACCAACCCACCGGAGUCUGUAACAGAAUCCAGUGGAAACUUGCAUGAUGGAAAUCUGUCUAAUUUAACUGAGGAAACAGAGACUUAUUUUAAAGAUAAUAAAUCCGUCCUUGAUGAGACAAAAGAAAGUAAAACAGACUUUCCUACCUUGCACCAGGUUUCUUCUGUUAGGCACCAUGAUGAUCCCGCAUCCUAUCUUCCAGAUGUUGAUUGGGGGGAUACCUCUGUGAAAGAAUCUAAUGACGCUUCUAACAUGCAAGCACCACCUGUUCCUUUGAAUGGGUAUACAACUACAAAAGAUGAUUCUCAACAUUUUCCGUCAAAUGUCGUUUACAAACAAGCACAAGGUGACAUUCUUAUUGAUAUUAAUGAUAGAUUCCCACGUGAUUUGCUAACUGAUAUCUUCUCUAAAGCAAUACUAGAAGAAGAUCCCUCUGGUGUACAUCCAUUGGCCUCAGAUGGAGGGGGCCUGAGCAUAAACAUGGAAAAUCAUGAUCCUAAACGGUGGUCUUAUUUUCACAAAUUGGCUCAAGAUGGGAUUGGUAAUGUGUCUCUUCUCGACCAGGAUCAUCUUGGUUUUUCACCUGCAACAGGAAAAGUUGUCGGGGAUAAUGGAGCUCAACAUGUUAGACCUUUAACAACUGAUGAAGUCUCUCUAAACCAGGCAGAGUCCCACUUCAAUUUAGGUGAAGAAAAUCAGGAAGAUGUACAUGGAAGGAUUGGAACAGAAAUCCCUGUACCGGGGUCAAAUUAUGAACAUCCCCAAGUAAAUGACACUGACAGUGUGCAAUUUGAUGCUAUGAUGGAAAACUUAAGAGCACGAGAUUCAGAAUAUGAGGUUGGUAAGUUUGAAACAAGGAGUACUAGUCUACCCCCUCUUGAUCCUUCUUUAGGAGAUCUUGAUACAAGUUCCUUGCAGCUCAUAAAGAAUGAAGAUCUUGAAGAGCUGAAGGAACUGGGUUCUGGUACCUUUGGGACUGUGUAUCAUGGAAAAUGGCGAGGAACAGAUGUUGCAAUUAAAAGGAUAAAGAAAACCUGCUUCACUGGUCGAUCAUCUGAGCAAGAGAGACUGACUGUUGAAUUUUGGCGGGAAGCUGACAUUCUUUCCAAGCUUCAUCAUCCAAAUGUGGUGGCGUUUUAUGGUGUGGUGCAGGAUGGACCAGGAGGAACAAUGGCCACUGUUACUGAGUAUAUGGUGAAUGGUUCCCUCAGACAUGUAUUGCUUCGCAAUGAUAGGUAUCUUGAUCGUCGCAAGAGACUGAUAAUUGCAAUGGAUGCAGCUUUUGGAAUGGAAUAUUUGCACUCAAAAAACAUUGUGCAUUUUGACUUAAAAUGUGACAAUUUGCUUGUGAACUUGAAAGAUCCUUCACGGCCAAUAUGCAAGGUUGGUGAUUUUGGCUUGUCAAAAAUUAAACGAAAUACCUUGGUCUCUGGUGGCGUGCGGGGAACUCUACCAUGGAUGGCUCCAGAACUGCUUAAUGGUAGUAGUAACAAGGUCUCAGAAAAGGUUGAUGUGUUCUCCUUUGGCAUAGUACUAUGGGAGAUUCUUACCGGGGAGGAGCCAUAUGCCAAUAUGCACUAUGGUGCAAUCAUAGGUGGGAUUGUGAAUAACACAUUAAGGCCAACAAUCCCAAAUUAUUGUGACCUUGAAUGGAGAACACUAAUGGAGCAAUGUUGGGCACCAAAUCCUGCAGCUAGGCCAUCCUUCACAGAAAUAGCUAGCCGAUUACGUGUGAUGUCUGCAGCAGCUAGAGAAAGCAAAGCACAUGGCCACAAAGCAUCACCUAAAUGAUUGAAACAGAUACUGGUUCUCCUUUUCCAUCCUCUUGUACCACUAUUAUUCAUACUGAUAAAACUUAUUCAUUGAAUGGUCCUCCAAGGAAGUAUUUUAUUACCAAGGGGGGCAAUACUACAACAACAGAAACAAACCAAACCAUUUUCCAGUCUAGGUGGGGCUAUCUGGUCCUAUACUUUAUAUUUUAUUGUAUUUUUUUUUUUAAUAUUCCAAUACUUGUUUACAUUUUUGUUGUCCACUAAACUGUUGUAAUGCAAUUUAAAAAUCAUCAUUUUUGUUUUUGGUUGAA